AUGGGCGAUGUUAAUUGUGGUUUGCUGGUAGUGGACAGAUGGACACAUUUGGAUAACACACGGACGGACAGCUUUUCGAUGGGAGCAGUAGCAAGGACAACUGACGAAAUUGACACCUUUGGAAGUUGUGUUUACUGCUCUCUGGAUGUAUGUGGGCAAUUCGAUGAAUUUUGCAUCUUAUUGGUUGCUUCAUUAUUUGAAGGGGUGGAGUGGGAAGUACCUAUACAAGAUGGAAAUGAAAAGGUAGAAAAAGGGAAGGGGAAUUUGAUAGGAGGCAGGGGACGGGGGUUUUGGAAGGCGGAAUUGCAUAGAAGGGACAGCGGGGAGAGGAAUGUACUUUGUGCUCAGAUUUCUGCAAAGUUGUAUGAAAUUGCUAAGAAAGCUAACAUUAAUCGAAUGGGUAUAAUGUGCGCAGAUAAUUUACGCAUACGGUAG